CUCUCUCUCUCUCUCUCCACACUCACUUCUCACAAGUUCACAACAACCCCAUUCCACAAAUUCUCCCCAUUAGAAUUUGCUUCCCUCUCUCUCUCUCUCUCACACACAGAGUUCUCACAAGUUCACAACAACCCCAUUCCACAAACUCUCCCCACUAUAAUUUGCUUCCCUCUCUCUCCCAAAGUUGUGUGCUUGCAGUUUCUGGGUCUUCCAAAACUCACAAGCACCAUCGACCCGCAUGGCGGAUGCAACAAAGUAUGCACCCAUUAAUGGUGGAACCCUGAUCUCAGACUUGAAGACCCAAUUAUCUCUCCUCAAAAUAAAGACAAGGGUUGCUUUAGCUUAUGGCUUCGUGUUUGCUUUCAUUGCCUUCUCUGUUAUCUUAGCUUUUAGUCCUUCUACCAAUUCUUCUUCACCAUUGUUGGGAAACAUCUUCUCUUGCUGUGGCAGUAGGAUUAAGUCAAUUUCAUCUGAAAAUCCUCAUAGAUCACAGUUUUCUUCAAAUUCAUCUGACUUAUUUCCAAACUCUGCACAAGUCCAAAAUUCUACUAUUCAACCAUCACAAACCAAUUUUGAAAGAUCUCCAAAUAACACAUCUCAACCACCCAAAUCGACAACAGAGCCAGAAAUUGUCAAAAACCAGACUCACAGUGAAGAGUUACAGGAUCCAGCUGAAGUUUUAAAGCCCAAUCAGAGUACAAUUGAGGCCCUAAAAUCUCCAAAUAUAACUUUUCAAUCACUCAAUUUGAAUCCAGAAUCAUCAACUGUUAAAAACCAGACUCAAGUUAAAGAGGCACAUGACAGAGUUGACGAAUUGAAGCCGAAUGUGAGUACAAUUGAGGCACCAAAAUCGCCACCGGCAGCGAAUGAAACUGCAAACUUGGCAUCAGGGCCUUCUUCUAGAGGAAAAAAUGCUACUGGGAAGAGAGAGAAAAGAAUAGCAGAGAAGGGUGAUGUGCCAAAUUCUAUUUCAUCUGUUUUGAGAAACCAGAGCAAUGGGACUAAUUCGGGUGUGCCUGUGAAACAGGGGAGUGAGAGUUUGGUGGAGUCUUUGAUGAAUUGUAAUCUAUUUGAUGGGAAUUGGGUAAGAGAUGAAUCUUACCCAUUGUAUGAACCGGGUUCAUGUUCACUGAUUGAUCAGCAAUUCAACUGUAUUCGAAACGGUAGACCUGACAAAGAUUAUCAGAAACUCAAAUGGAAGCCUAAGGGAUGCACUCUACCAAGAUUGAAUGGGAGUCAUAUGUUGGAAAUAUUGAGAGGGAAACGACUGGUUUUUGUUGGUGAUUCCCUUAAUAGGAAUAUGUGGGAGUCUCUGGUUUGCAUUCUCAGAAACUCAGUAAAAGAUCAAGGAAAAGUUUAUGAGGCAUUUGGCAGACACCAUUUUCGUGGAGAGGCUUCUUAUUCCUUUGUGUUUGAAGAUUAUAAUUGCACUGUGGAGUUCUUUGUAUCGCCUUUUUUGGUUCGAGAAUGGCAAAUGCGAGACAAAAAUGGAACAAAGAAAGAGACCCUUCGGCUAGAUUUGAUUGGGAGGUUGUCUGAUCAGUAUAAAAACGCUGGUUUCAUUGUCUUCAACACAGGCCACUGGUGGACUCAUGAGAAGACUUCCAAAGGGGAGGACUAUUAUCAAGAAGGUAGCCAUGUUUAUAGUUCUCUAAAUGUUCAAGAAGCGUUUCGGAAAGCUUUAACAACAUGGGGGAGAUGGGUUGAUGCCAAUAUAAAUCCAAAUAAAACUUUUGUUUUCUUCAGGGGUUAUUCAGACACACAUUUCAGCGGUGGACAGUGGAAUUCUGGUGGACAAUGUAACGAUGAAACCGAGCCGAUAAGAAACGAUACAUAUCUACGGAGAUAUCCAUCAAAAAUGAAAGUUUUGGAAUCGGUGUUACAAGGGAUGAGGACUCAAGUAUCUUAUCUGAACAUAACCCGUUUGACCGAUUUUCGAAAGGAUGGGCAUCCAUCAAUUUAUAGGAAGCCACAUAUGUCCAAGGCAGAGAAACAAUUGUUUUUAAGAGCCCAGGACUGCAGCCAUUGGUGCCUUCCUGGUGUUCCUGAUGCUUGGAAUGAGCUUCUCUAUGCUGAGCUUUUGAUAAGACAAAACCAGAAACAGCAAGAACAGAAGAGACCAUAGGCAAAAAGAUAUGUGCAUUAGAGGUUUUUGCUUUAAGUUUUCUUUGUGAAUAUAGAACAAGCCGACCAUCUGGAGAAGAUCUGAGAAAAGAGGAUUUUUAUAGUAGCAUGAGUUUAAAUCAUGAGAGACAGAGAGAAUUGGAAGUCUCUAUCACUAACCAACAAAGGGGUUUUUUUUUUUAUUUUUAACUAUUGUAAGCUUGAAGGGCUUGAGAAUUGUAAAUUGUUAAUUAUUUAGGAUAUUUUUU